UGAACGAGAUGCGCCAGCGUUUCGAAAUCUCCAAACUACGGACAUUGGUGAAGAAGGUUAUGGCGAGAUGCGUCUGGUGCCACGUUAUGAAGACCAAACCGAAGUCUCCACCCAUGGCAUCACUUCCGGAUGCUCGAGUAAGCGCAUUUGUUAGACCUUUUACAUUUGUUGGGUUGGAUUAUUUUGGUCCAGUGUUCGUUCGAGUUGGUAGGAAUCAGGCCAAACGUUGGGUGGCUCUCUUCACCUGCCUCACCAUUCGAGCCGUACACUUAGAGGUAGUGCACACCCUAUCAACAGAGUCUUGCAUUAUGGCAGUUAGGCGAUUCGUUGCACGUCGAGGAUCUCCCGCCGUAUUCUAUACGGAUAAUGCGACAUGUUUUCAUGGUGCAGAUAAAGAGCUACAAUCUCAGGUCGACAUUCGAAACAGAGCUUUAGCGUCUACGUUCACCAGUUCCCAAACCAGCUGGAAAUUCAUUCCCCCUGCUGCUCCCCAUAUGGGAGGAGCAUGGGAGCGACUUGUCCGUUCUGUAAAAAUAGCAGUUGGCACAAUAAUAGAUGCUCCCCGCAAACCCGACGACGAAACUCUGGAGACUGUUUUAUACGAUGCUGAGGCCAUGAUAAAUUCUAGGCCCCUGACGUACAUUCCACUGGAAGAUGCUGACCAGGAGGCACUGACUCCCAAUCAUUUUUUGCUGGGUAGCUCUUCCGGCAUUAAAAUUGAACCCGUAGAGACAGGCAACCGCUCCAUCCUGCGGAGUAGUUGGAAACUCGCUCAGCACAUCACUGACGAGUUCUGGCGGAGGUGGGUGAAGGAAUACCUACCAGUUAUAACUCGAAGAUGUAAGUGGUUCGAAGAGACGAAAAACAUAGAGGUGGGAGAUUUGGUACUGGUCGUGAACGGUACAGGAAGGAACCAAUGGAUACGUGGACGUGUGGAACAGGUUUUCUCAGGACGCGAUGGGAGAGUUCGUCAGGCGAUGAUACGAACUGCGACUGGUGUUCUACGGCGACCGGUGGUUAAGCUAGCGAUUUUGGACGUCGAGAAAGUUAGUAAACCCAAUCAAGAGUCUACAGGGGAUCAGGACCAUUACAUGGGUUUACGGGCGGGGGUAUGUGACGGCAAAAAACCCGAUACCGAUAACACUACAGCCGCUCUAUCCAGUGAAGAUUCGAUUCCGCAACGCACUCUUCGACAGGCCACAAAAACCAAAGCAAAAUUAGAAAACAAAACGUCAAACUGAAGAUACAAAACAGAAAAGAAUUGAAAAGGAUAAAAAUUGUCGAUCAAAAGAAGAAUCGUAUCAAAAGUUUUCUAUUAUCUAAAUAAUUCAAAGUGAAAUCUUAAAUUUAAAAAUAUUCUGAAUUACAGUGGGUAAAAAACUAAAGCUAACUGGUCGUCCUGAUAGGAUCUUUCCUUUGUAAUAGCUUCACCAAAAUUGUGAGUCACAUGAGAUGAAAUCCCACCAAAUUCUAAUAAAAUGCUUUGCAGCAAAAAGUCAACCACAACCAUAUCGUGUUUUCUUUCUUGACUUGGUGCAAUCUAAC